CGGCGGCGUCCGCGCGGAGGGCCGGCGGCCGAGAGAGGCCGCGCGCGGAACAUGGCCGAGAAGCAGAAGCACGACGGACGGGUGAAGAUCGGACACUACGUUCUGGGGGACACGCUGGGCGUCGGCACCUUCGGCAAAGUGAAGAAUACCAGGUGAUCAGCACUCCAACAGACUUUUUCAUGGUAAUGGAAUAUGUGUCCGGAGGUGAAUUAUUUGACUACAUCUGUAAACACGGACGGGUUGAAGAGAUGGAAGCCAGGCGGCUCUUCCAGCAGAUUCUGUCUGCUGUGGAUUAUUGUCAUAGACAUAUGGUUGUUCAUCGAGACCUGAAACCAGAAAAUGUGCUGUUGGAUGCCCAUAUGAAUGCCAAGAUAGCUGAUUUUGGACUAUCUAAUAUGAUGUCAGAUGGUGAAUUUCUUCGAACUAGUUGUGGUUCUCCUAAUUACGCAGCACCUGAAGUCAUCUCAGGAAGAUUGUAUGCGGGUCCUGAAGUUGAUAUCUGGAGCUGUGGGGUUAUCCUGUAUGCCCUUCUUUGUGGCACUCUCCCAUUUGAUGAUGAGCACGUGCCUACACUGUUUAAGAAGAUCCGAGGGGGUGUGUUUUAUAUCCCGGAAUAUCUCAAUCGCUCGGUUGCCACUCUCCUCAUGCAUAUGCUCCAGGUGGACCCCCUGAAACGAGCCACUAUCAAAGACAUCCGAGAACAUGAAUGGUUUAAGCAAGAUUUGCCCAGUUACCUAUUUCCUGAAGACCCCUCCUAUGAUGCUAACGUCAUUGAUGAUGAGGCUGUGAAAGAAGUAUGUGAAAAAUUUGAGUGUACAGAAUCAGAAGUAAUGAACAGUUUAUACAGUGGUGACCCUCAAGACCAGCUCGCGGUGGCUUAUCAUCUGAUCAUUGACAAUCGGAGAAUAAUGAACCAAGCCAGCGAGUUCUACCUUGCCUCUAGUCCUCCAACUGGUUCUUUUAUGGAUGAUAGUGCCAUGCAUAUUCCCCCAGGCCUGAAACCACAUCCAGAGAGGAUGCCACCCCUUAUAGCAGACAGCCCCAAAGCACGAUGUCCACUGGAUGCACUGAAUACGACUAAACCCAAAUCUUUAGCUGUGAAAAAAGCCAAGUGGCAUCUUGGGAUCCGAAGCCAGAGCAAACCAUAUGACAUUAUGGCCGAAGUGUACAGAGCUAUGAAGCAGCUGGACUUUGAAUGGAAGGUAGUGAAUGCAUACCAUCUUCGAGUAAGAAGAAGAAAUCCAGUGACUGGCAAUUAUGUGAAAAUGAGCUUACAGCUUUACUUGGUUGACAAUCGGAGCUAUCUUUUGGACUUUAAAAGCAUUGAUGAUGAGGUAGUGGAACAGAGGUCUGGUUCUUCAACACCCCAGCGUUCCUGUUCUGCUGCUGGCUUACACAGACCGCGGUCAAGUUUUGAUUCCACAGCUGCAGAGAGCCAUUCACUUUCAAGCUCUCUGACUGGCUCCUUGACCGGAAGCACGAUGUCUUCAGUUUCCCCUCGCCUGGGUAGUCAUACCAUGGAUUUUUUCGAAAUGUGUGCCAGUCUGAUUACUACUUUGGCCCGUUGAUAAUCUAUUGCUGAUUUCUUUUUGUUACUGCACUGUGAAAAUCACAUAUUCUUUAAAUUAUUAUCUCACUUCUGGAUAUCAUAUGCUCUGCAAUAUUAAUAGACAUGAACAUUUCCAGGGAACAUGUGAUAUCGAAAUUACUGAUACACAAAAGUCUGGUAUUUUGUUUACUUUUGGAACUCCCUAAUUCUAUUGUGCCUAUGGUAAAUUCGCAUAGGUAGUACCUUUAAUGGAUGCACAUGAAUGAAGUUUGUUCAUUUAUACCUGUGAGUUCACCACAUGGGGAACACACCUCACUGAUGAAUCAGCUAAUCUAGGGAUGGUUUGAUUUAUACUUACUUGUUUCUUGUUUGGUGCACAGAAAUCCAGUUUGCUUCCUGAAUUUCAGCAGGUUUUAGGCUGUUUAGGCUCCUAAUUUUCUUGCACAAGAAGAUUAAGAAAUAAGCAUUAAUAAAUUAUGAUUUAAAUGCAGAAAUCUUAAAAAACUGCCCUCUAAACAUCAGAAACCAAAAUAAUUUUAACAAGCUCUGCAAAUACCGCCGAUGCUCACCACAGGGCUGCCUCUGUUAACAGGCGCCCCGGUUUCCAGAUUUCUUAAAGUAGCCGUAACCAGCUCCAGAUUUUAUCUUGGGAUGUCCCUGAAAAACAGUAUGUAUCUUAAGAGUCUUCAGCAUUCUACUUAGUAGUACAGCAUCUGGAAUUACCAACAAUUUCUUUCUACCAUAAAUGUAUAUAGUUUAAAAGUCCACCUCCAAAAAUUACCUUCUGACUACUUUUGUACGCAUUUUAUGAAAAAUGAUAAGACAGUUGAGGGGCUAGAGGUGGUGCUCACGGUCGCGUGCAUGCCAGGCAUGUGAAAAGCCCUGAGUUAAAU